AUGAGUUGUUUCCUUGUCACUCCUGGUCCAUUUGCAAGUGACCCCUGCAGCUUACCCAUCCAUUCACCCAGUUUCCUUCAUUCAGCAGGAGAUCCUUUUACCCUCUCCAGCUGCCACUGCCAGAGCUUGAUUCCUAUAGAGGAGUCCAGGCUAGAGCCAGUUACUGCUGUGGAAGGGAGUCUGGCUGUAGUUGGAGAACAGUGCCUGGCCCCUCCCUAUUGGUUCCCCCUGGGCUGGUUGGUGGGUGAUUUCUGCUGUAUCCAACACAGGGGCAGAUGGAUGGAGAUGGGCAUUCUGAGGGAGAACCUAAGAAAUGGUGCUCACUCUUUCCAUUCCCCCUAA